CUUUUUCGGGUUUGAGGUUGUAUAUUGAUCAAUCGUUCUCCAUGGUAACUCAAUGAUAUUCCCACUGUAGCCUAGCUUAACAACGCUUGAAUUGGACCUAAAAAGGAAUAUUAUAUCACUAGCCCUCAGGAUUACUAAGCGCAAUCGAAAUAUGACUGACGAUAAUUUACCAUUGAUUAAAUCCUUCAGGUCAAUCAAACCAAAAGUAAGCGUGAAAUUGGCAGAACUCUUGGAUCGCUUGGAUUUAUCGCCGUCCGUACUUUUGGAGGAAGAUGCUCUGGCAAUCGAGAGGAGUUCCUCCGCUUCAUCAGGGAUUGAAUCUAUUAAAAAUGCGGAUUGGAAGUGUGGGUACCCUGAUACAUAUUCUACGGGAAAUACUACGGACCGAAAAACAUUACUGGAAGAAUUGGCAGUCGUGAGGGCCAAACUUGAGACAUGUGUUGCGCGAAAUGACUUUUUCCACGAUCAACUAAUCGAUCACUUCAAAAGGAAACAGAUGAUGCGUGUCUACGGGGAGGCAAACGAAGAAGACCCUUUAAGAAACAAGUACUGGAAAAAAUUAUCUAAAUACGAGCAAAUGCGAGAAGAAGUUGAAUCUGGGGAGGAAGACUUUAAAGUAGAAAUCACACAACUGCGAAAAGGUUUGCGAAAAAAGACAGACGAGGCGGAUGCUGCGGUCGAAGAAUUGCUCUCUAAGCAGCGAGCAGCUGCUGCGCAAUCUUAUACAAACGGCAAACCGAUAGCCACGAAAGAAGUACAGGCGAUGAUAACACGUGAGCUUGCAAAAAUGAAGGAUAUAUCGAAAAUUCGCGUGCGGUAUGUACGUCUGAGGGACAGCCUUGUGGAGAAGGAAGUUGUUUUUGAUGCUCUGAAAAUUUUAACACCAAAUUUAGACCGAAAAGAUUUCGACCGUUUAGAAGCAGAGAACUUCUACUACCGCCACGAGCUGAGAAGGAAAGAAAAAGAGGGUGAGCGAUUGGCGAGAAAACAGGAACGCGUUUCCCGACAAUUGCAAGCGAUUCAACACAAACGAAAGAACUUGUCACGAGUUAUUAAAAUACGGCGAGAUAUCGUACAAAAAUUGAAGCAAAGAGCCGUGCAGAUAUGUCGGCAGAAACAGAUCAAAAGGAAAAAGGAGAGAGAGGUCCAACAGUACUCCGAGAAAUUUGAAUCCAUUCUGGGAUUACGCCUGUAUCCAGAAGUACAUGCGAAGAUGGAAUACUUCCAAAAUCAACACAAAGUAUGGCUUGAAAGAGUUGCGCAUCUCAUGGCUGAAAUCAAGAAUAAAGAUCGAAGCUUGCAAGACAUUGAACCGCAUCAGAACAUUCACAAACUAAAACAAACAUCGGACGAAGAAGGUACGGACGAUGAUACGUUAUCUCCUCGAAAAUCUCGACGGCCACCCCUGGGUGGGGGAUUUCUUCAAUCACUUUAUAAUACAGAACGGUAAUAGUAUGAAGCCCCGUGCCUAUUAUCCCGGUUUGCCGCUUAGCAAAUUUUCUCUUUUAUGCUACUGCAGCCGUGCCUCGCUUGCAAGAUUCAAAAUACAAAUCAUACUAGCAACGAAUAAGGUAAUUGAGUGUACUAAGCACAAAUUAAGAGGAAGGUAGAUGUAGAAAAAUGCUACAGCUGGCAAAGUACUUGUUUAAAAUGCGCCCGUAUAUACUAAACCGUGAAAUUGACGACUGUAGAAAAAUUCUUCGAUUUAUCCAAAUACCCACAUAUCUUUAAAAAUCAGAAGAAUUCCGUAAAUACAGCACAAAAUUGCAUUCUUUAUAUCGCUAGAGAAGAGUCCAGUAGCAUAAGAUAUUCUACAAGUCAUGAAUUACGAUUCAUAAUCGAUUAUAAUAAGUUGUACUAUUUUUACACAGCACAAGGAAUUUCAUUUAAUCCAUAUUAUUUAAAAAGUAAAGCUUGAAUAAGGUUCAUAAUAAUGAUAAUGAAACGUAUCCAAAUUUUAUGUAAAAGAGUUUAUAAUAUUUAGUUUAUUUUGGUGUUAUUUGGUGUACAAUAUAUUUUACCUUGGAAAUUAAUUCUCGUCAUAAAUCCAACCGCUGUGCGUUAAAUUUAUGUAAUAAAAGUUUCCGAUAAAUGAUAACUUUUACUGUGAUAUUCAUCAAACAAUUGUAUCCUUAAUAUGAAUGUAUUAGAACGGUUACAUAUUAUAUAUUACUCAUUAGGAGUACGAAUAGAAUUCUGGCAGCAUUAUAAAAUUAUCGAGUAUAUUGGUCUAGCAGUGAAACACACACCAACAGCGUCUGUAGUUGAUACUAACUAGGUAUGUACUUUAGAAAUUAAGCUUCAAACGUUUUUCAUUUGAAAACGAGAUACUGAGUGAAAGCGUUUUUUUUCUUUAAAACAUUGUUCAGUUCAGUUCAGUUUUCAAUUAACUGUAAAUUAUCGUUGUGCUUUUUGUUUGACAAUGCCUUUAAAUUAUAUUGCGCGUAGUUAUUAUACACAUUCAGCACAUUCAUUUUACAUAGAUACUUCUAUUAGACAAUUAUUUAUUGGUGUUAUUAGAAGUUAAGCUAUUGAUAAACAUUAAUUUAAUUACCAUUAUUCUAACGUUUCAGUAAAUACUCGUUUGUUAUCAUAAUAGUAAUAAUAAUAAUAAUUAUAACUAUAAAACACUGGUACUUAUUAUGUACAAUUAAAAUUCUAACAAAUUUUGGCUAUCAAGAUUAUAUUACACGAUCGAAGUGUUGCCAUUUAGGGCGAUUGCGAUUACGAUAUAAAUAUACUAAAUUCUCUCCCUUAAAAAAACAGAUAAAAAUUUUGAAAUAGGAUAACGCAAUAAAGGUUUUUACCAACGAAAAGCCGUUUAAUAAUUUUUCCUUUGAUUAUUUAACCACCCUUCACUUUUUGAAUUUUAUGUUGUCUUAGAUCAAAUGCAUAUCAUUCAUUUACAACCUACGUAUAUUGAUGUCUUCAAAUAGCAACUGAAUAUGGAUUCUAAAAGUUGAGACGACUUGCCGACAUAUCAAAUUCUGUAGCAUUAUUUUCUGGCAAUUUUUAUGUAAAUUGCAUCAUAAUAAUACAAAAUUUUGAAGAAUUCAAUUAGCAAAAAAUAUGAGUAAUAAUUUGAAUCAAAUCUAUAUCGUUUGUGUAGCACUAAUAUGGUACAUAUGAAUCACUGCACAAUUUUAUACCACGAUCAGAUUAAAAUCUGUGCCCUCACUAAAUUGUGAUGAGAACAUUAAUGCAACCUGAUAGUGUAAGAGAAAUUAAUGUUUCUAUGGUUUUAAUUGAAUAAAAAAUCGAUGAUAAAACAAUAUACAUGUGAAUACAUUGGAUAUAAAUUGCGAUGAGAUAUUGUGGAGUUGUGAUGCCUCAUGUAGGUAUACAUAUCUUCUAGGGUAACACAUUAUAAAUACAGAGUAAAAUACCUGUAUUACAGCAGUUAGAUAUUUUUCUGUAUAAACUUUAUACAGGUAUAUUUAUAUAUGUAUACAUAUAUAUAUAUAUUAUAUAUAAAAAAUAUUUCGAACUAAAUCACUUCAAAUAGGUAAAAGUAUAUUCCAAGAGAGGAUCACUUUAUAAAUCUGAACUUGAGGUGUACACUAUGCUCCCUUGCAUUAAAACCCUUCCGAAACUUGUCUAUAAAAAAUAUAUAAAAAUCAUUUUUAGCAAUUAAUUUUUAUUUCAAUUUCUUUUUUUGCUAAUGCUCGGAAAUAGUUUCCUUAACGUUCCAAGUAUGAAAAUUGUUACCACUGCGCUCGGUCAACGAGCUUACGUAAGCUUUUUACCUUUAGUUCUUACAGCAUACAGUACAACCAGAAAUAUUAGUCAUCUUCUCUGUUUAAAAUUUAAAUGAUUUCCAUUAUAUCAUUCUACCGAUACGUUUCUUUGUGAACACCAAGGUGAAUAAAAAUAUAAACAUACUAUGUGUAGGAUAAAGUGAAUUUUCUGAAAACUUUUCCAACUCGGAUCGUGAGUUCAAUUGACAGGCAUUGCUGUCUGAUUAUUAGGUUUGAAAUACAGUGACAGAAAAUGAAUAUAAAUAUAGAAUCGAAAAGAAUUUACAUUAUUUUAUGGAGAAAUUAAAAAAUUGUGUCCAGAAAAUUCACCUUGACCAGAUUUCCCCUGCAUACGCCUUUUGUAUCGACUUUCUUAAGCCCACUAACUAGCCAUACAUAAUCAGUUCAAAAAGAUGAUGGCACCGCAGCAUUAGAUUACUUGUAUUAUAAUAUAAUAUUGUCGAUAUUUUUUCGCUCAAUUUUCACGUCUGAGAAAUUUGUUUUCUAUCAGUUUCCUAAUGGAUAGAUCCUAAAAUCUAAUCAACAGUUUGAUUCCGAUCAAUGAUACCGAAUGCAAGACGUUUCUUUUUCAUCGGUAAGUGGCCAAUCAAAAAUACUCAUGUUUUUAUACAAAUAUGAAAUUUCACUGAACUUGACCAUACAACAGACAACAGCUAUGCAUACAUCUGAGAAGAAAACUCGUGCA